AUGUUUUCCUUGUUAAUGCGGAGAGAUUUUACAAUAUUUAGCAAAUCAGAGACUAUUGAAUACGAUCUUUCGGUACAAAAAAAUUUUGUUGACAAGGAUCAAAAUAUAGAACCUCAUGCCAAUCUCCUAAUCCUUCCAGAUGAGCUUCUUUUGAAGAUUAUUGAUAAUUUUAAUCAAUAUGAGGUGCUGAAAAUUAUGGAAAUCGAUAAGCGAUUUUAUGUUAUCGGUAGGCAGAAGUUGUUAAGGAAUAUCUAUGUGCGAGAUCCUUUUGAGCCACCAUUUAUGGUCAAUGAACAUAGAUAUGGUGACAUAUCUUCUUAUGGUGAUAUAUUCAAGCUUCAUCAAAACUAUACUAUUAUUUCACCUCUAAAUUUUGCCAAGCUAAUUAACGAGAACGCUUUAGAUUCAAAAUUGGUUCAAAAAAUCAUCCUUCGAAACUCUAAAUAUUCGGAGACCUUCAAGGAGAAGUUGCAUCAUCGCUUUUCUAAUAAAGUUAUAUAUUCUGAGUCUUUCCCUAAGCAACUGACAUUAGGAACAAACUUUAAUGGAGCUAUCCAAAUGACUCCUAGACAGUUUUGGAACAUUCAUUUUCAUAACAAAUACCUGAACUACUUGACGGAGUUUGGGAUUUGUGACUCGUUGGUUACAAUAAAAGAGGAUCUUGAAAUGGACUUUCCGGAAGUACCUAAAUCUGUAACAAGGCUAUCUUUUAAAAUUGCUCAUGUUAAUGCAAUCGCCAAAGAAUGGUUGCAAAAUUUAAAACUCUGCUAUCCAAAUAUAUCAGCACUUGAAAUUUCAGGAGAUGUAGCCGGAAUUUUGCAAUCAAUACUUGAAGUAGGGAUUUCUGGUUUAAACAUCGAAAACCUUACCCUAGAAUUUAGUUCAAGGACUACAUUGCAAGAUGUGCCAAUUGAAGCCUUGAUCAAGCUAGAUUGCAUCAAAAAAUUGGAACUAUCAUUUUUUUCAGAAUCUACAAGUUUUAGUAUGAACUAUUUCGAUAGGAGCCCUUUCUUGAUAUCUUCACUGUUGAUAAAUCUCAAGAAACUUUCACUUUGGAUAAGAUCAUCGACAGGGAAAUGCUUUUUUGCGUUCGCGCUGGUAAAUUGGUUUCUAUCUUCUUUAGCAUCACAGAGUAUAACUGACAUCUACAUUACUUCGGAGAUAGACAAAGAUCUCUCAUUAUUUGAAGAUGGUCUCAGACAUCUUCAAUACUCUCUUCAAACGAUUGUUUGGAUUGGAUCUUUGCUGGAUCCUUACGGAACUUAUGAUUGUAUGAGACAGAUUAACAUGGUCACUGGCGCAACUAAUAUAUCUCCUAAUAAAGAUGAUGUCAGAAGCGAGAUUAUUAGAUUGGCGAAAGGUAGAGGAAAGCGUUACUUCAAGCUAGACCUGCAUCAAGUUUGCUAUCAGUUGCCGAACAAAGUUUCAAGAGCGGCAGAUCUCUUUAAACGAGCUGUUUCCCAGUUAAUCCCGAACUCAGAGCACUUCCCAAAGGUCAGAUUCGUGAUAAUUAAUGGAAUCCAUUAUAUCAUUAACAGGUACGAUGAAUUUUCUGAAGUUAUACUGAUCUACGAUUGA